AUGGCCCACCUCUUGGAUCACGCACUCGAAUCCGACAACGAUUCCCUCAGAGACUCUAGAGGAUCCAGUAACAAUGGAUACUACGAUUCUACAGAUGCCAGCGCGACAUCCGAUGAAAUUGCUUAUCAACAGUUCCUUUCCAUCUUAUCCAUGGAUCCCAUUAUUAUCAAAAGACUCCGCGAGAUGGGUCCCGAAUACUUUGGUAACAGGGAGUCCGCUUUCGCCGAGUUACAAAUCAAAGCUCUUGGUCGGCCGGACAGCACACCCCAAUCGUUUUACGUCCAUCGCGAAUAUUUGGUCUCUCAGUCGCGAUACUUUGUCAAGUUGUUUAAGAUGCUCAAAAAUGACAAUUCUCCUAUCAACAUCGAGAUCCCAUCGCCGGAAACCUUUGAACCGCUACUGGAGUAUCUGUACACCGGAAACGGCGACAAGUGGUACGAUACGAUCACCUUGGAAAAUUAUGAGGAGGUAUAUGAAAAUAUCAAAUAUCUCGGCCUAAAGUUGGAUGUAAAGAAGAUCUGGCUAGACUUCUACAAUUCUCAAGUUGGAAUCAGCGAGUGA